AUGCCUCGUAAAUUCUUUGUUGGCGGCAACUUCAAGAUGAAUGGCACCGCUAAAUCUAUCACCCAUAUCAUCACCAACCUCAACUCUGCCAAGCUUGAUCCUUCCACUGAAAUUGUCAUCGCCCCGCCUGCAAUCUACCUGGUGCUUGCACGACAACUUGCGAACGGCCAAGUCGCCGUUUCUGCACAGAAUGUGUUUGAUAAGCCUAAUGGAGCCUUUACUGGGGAGUUGAGCGUGGAACAGCUCAGGGAUGAAAAAAUCACUUGGACGUUGGCUGGACAUAGCGAACGAAGAGUUUUACUCAGAGAAGAUGAUGAGUUUGUAGCACGGAAAACAAAGGCUGCCAUUAACGGUGGUCUCAAUGUAAUUCUUUGCAUUGGCGAGUCUCUUGAGGAACGCGAAGCUGGAAAGACUAUCGAUGUUGUAACAAGGCAAUUGGAUGCCGUUGCCGAGGAAGUCUCUCCUGCAGAAUGGAAUAAGGUCGUCAUCGCCUAUGAGCCCAUCUGGGCCAUCGGAACGGGCAAGGUCGCCACAACAGAGCAAGCACAAGAAGUGCAUGCCUCCAUCCGGAAAUGGCUGAAUGAGAAAAUCUCCCCUGAAGCUGCCGAAAACAUCCGUGUUAUCUACGGCGGAAGCGUUACGGAGAACAACUGUCGGGAUCUCGCCGCGCAGCCUGAUGUUGACGGGUUUUUGGUGGGCGGAGCUAGUUUAAAACCUGCUUGUAUGUUUUCACAGAAUAUUGUCAUGAUAGGAAUACCCCAUCCUGCAAACGGAUAA